UGUUCAAAACUUUACCAAAACAAUCAAGUUCUGCAAUGGCUUGCAUUGCAGCCUCUGCAUGCAUGGACACUGAAGUGGGAUGCCAAACCCUAAAGACCCAUGACAGUGAAAAACUCCAAAGUCUUGCGAAGCUGCUUCGGUGUUACAGACCACCUAGUUUUAAUGGAGAGAUUGAGAAUGCUAAUCAUGAUCAUGUUAUGAUGAGUUCGUCAAAUAUUACUAAGAUCAUGGAGUCUGUGGCAACUAAAGAGAGGAGAGCUGCUGUUUUGGUAUGCCUCUUUGAAGGCCCCGGGGGCGAAUUACGGGUCAUUCUUACCAAAAGAUCCAUGAAUCUGUCCUCCCACCCCGGAGAAGUAGCACUGCCUGGUGGGAAGGUAGAGGAAGGAGAUGCAGAUGACUCAGCAACUGCACUACGAGAAGCCAUGGAAGAGAUUGGCCUGGAUCCUUCUCUAGUUGAAGUUGUUGCAAAUCUAGAGCCUUUCUUUUCCCAGCACCGAGUUAUUGUGGUACCAGUUGUAGGCCUAUUAUCCAGAAUUGGAGAUUUCAAGGCCGCACCUAAUGUUGAUGAAGUUGAUGCCAUUUUUGAUGCCCCUUUGGAGAUGUUUAUCAAGGAAGAGAGUCAUAGAUGUGAAGAGAGGGAAUGGAGGAGUUGGAAGUACACAAGGCAUCUAUUUGACUAUGAAACAGAAGAGCAAGGAGGGUUUCUGAUAGGAGGAUUAACUGCAAGCAUUCUUAUCAGAGCUGCCUCUGUCAUAUAUCAGAGAUCUCCUCCUUUCACCACCCACCAUCUUGACUUUCAACAAUUGCAAAAAACCAUUAUCCAAAACACCCUUAAUGAUUCCUAUGAUGUUGUUAAGGAUUUGACCAUUUAUGCAACACAAAAUGCAUAGGUUAUUAUGUAUAUCAUGUACGCAUGAAUACAUGUAAACAUCAGUCUAAAUGAACUAACUUAAAUUUUAUUUUUAGAUA